UAAGUAUUUAGCACUUAACCUCUCUGGGUUGUUGUGAGGAUCAAAUAAGAUAAUAUUUGCAAAUGCUUAGCUCAGUUCCUCAGGCAUAGCAAGUUUAAUAAAUGCUUGUUGCCUUGGUUCCCCCCCCCCCCCACCUUGUGUUUUUCAUCGGUGGAAGAAAUUCUCACUUUGAUUAAAAUUUUUCCUAUUGUGAUAUUUGAAAAAAAAUAUAUUUACAGGGUUUCUCUCCUAAGUAGCACCUACUGAGUGGAUAGUACUGGAUUUAGAUGCUAAGUGGUUCCAGAAUGUGGGUUUUAAGCAAAGGCUUGGUUUUUCACAAUUAAAUGGGGGAGAUGGGGAAGGCAAGAGAAGAAAAAGACAGCAUACAACACGGUUUAGAUAAUGUAUAGCUGUACGCGGACAUCACAAGACUUAGGAUUCCUCUGACUUUUUUCAUUCCUGGACCACUUCUCACCUUGUUCAGUUUUUGCCUUGACAGGUGAUCACCAUUGUCCAAUGAUAUUAAGGAAGCCACACGUACAUAGUUCUGAGAAGGGAAGGUACAAAUCAGAUUAAAUGGCACCCUCCCUUCCUUCAAGGAGUUUAAUCUGCCUUGUAUAACAGGGCUCUUAUUCAUAUGCUUGACUGGGCCCUGUAAAAGAAGAUCAAGAAAGCCCCUUUUCAUUUGUGAUUCCAGUCCCAUUCUUGUAGACCUGGAUGCCUAGUUGAGUACAGCUGCCCUAGUUGAAAAGCCAGCAGACUAGGGCGGUUCGGGUGGCCCCCAGACACUACCAGCUUUUUGCAAAAAUCCACAAAACGUGUAGAUUCGCUUAAUCUUUCCUCCUCCCCUCUUCACAUGGAAAUAGGCUAGUGUGGUCGCCAUGUGUCUAUUUAAGAGCGAUUAACACUUGCUUGCCAAAAAUCCCUCCUCGGGCCAUUUGGGAGCUGCACGCGUUCGCACCCCACCUUGUUUACCCGAACUGGCCUUCACGCUCAGCCUUUUUGUUUACCCCGCUGGCCCGAGGUCUGGGAUGGCGUGGGGAGGGGGGCAUUUCUAAAUAUGCAUCAGGCCAUCUUGCCUAUAUAAAGAAGACCAGGGCCACGGGGUGUGGGAGAAGGAGCCCCUUGCCUUAGUGACCGGGUGUGUACAUGGAGACCUUGGAGAGCUCGGAGUCCCGACCCGACUGGGCCAGCUGCUGCCGCUUGCUUCCAGAAACCCCAGCUCCUCAGACCCCGAGCCCAGGGAGCAACAACUCAGGGUCGCCCGCUUUUUGGAGACCUUGGCUUGGCACCCCUAGAGAGGAAGCGGAGAAAAUGCAGCCCAAACCCAAGGAUACAGUGUGUGAAGUGCCUGGGAUGACAGAAACCUCUGGAAAACUUUCCCAAUAUAAACAUCCAGUGAGACUAUUUUGGCCCAAAUCAAAAUGUUAUGAUUUCUUAUAUCAAGAAGCAGAAUAUCUUCUGAAAAAUUUUCCAAUUCAAGCUACAAUUUCAUUUUAUGAAGAUUCUGAUAGUGAAGAUGAUGAGGAGGAGCUGAUUCAGGAUUCAGGAACUGAAUUGGAUUGAUUCUUUUUGAAGAAAUUCAAAGUUUAUAGUAUUAAAAUUUAAAUGUACAAAUGUAUCAUAGUGGUUUUAAAAUAUAAUUUAUUUGUGUGUAAUUUAUUAAUAAAAUGUUAAAAUAUUUUGCAAUUGA